AUGGAUUUCUGUGGUUGUGGAGAAGAUAUUGCCUUGAAGCAAAUGUUCUCGGAGGAGGAACCAGAAACGUUUUCGACAUCCGACAGCAAAACAGUGGAUCCAGCAUCCAACAAGCCAGUCGCGUCAAGAUCGAUUGCAGCGAAACCUUGCGUAGAAAGCCGGCAGGAGGAUAUUGUUGUCGAAACGGUAGACAGUGAUGGAACUAUGGAGCGACAGACUGUGUUCAAUCCAAAAGGAAGAGAAGAUGCGCCACCGAUCGAGACUGAAAACGAAAAUGAAACCGAAACUGAAGCAGCUGGUGUCAAAAAGACAAAGACUGAAGCCAAAAAGGGCAACAAGAAACUGUUCAAACUUCCAAAACUAGGAAAGAAACGAUCCAACAAGAAAUAG